GCCCUGAUGAAAACUCUGCGCCUGAUCCCACUCCCAGCGCACAUGCUGGGUUGUGGAGAGGAGGCGCACGAUGAAUCCUCUGUUGCUCAUCGUGCUCACAAGUCUGCCCCUGAGCGCGGCGGUCUACGACGGCCCUCUGCAAGCCGAGAUCUCCAACGGCACUUUCCAUCACUUCUACGUCCCGGACGGCGACUACGAUGACACAGAAGACCCUGAAAAGUGCCAGAUGGUCUUCAGAUUCUCAGACGGUUCCCCGUGUUCCGUGGCCGAGGAGGAGAGUGACGCGCUGGUGCGGGAGGAGCUGAUCCUCGCCCGGCUUCAAGCGGAGGACUCGGCGCGGCUACUAGAGAGCAUCGGGCGGGUGGUAGCCAACGACCUGGACGGAGAGGACACCUACGGCCGCUUCCUCCGGAGAGAGAUAUCCCAGAUCACAGAGGCUUUCUCCGGUGUGGACAAGUCUCUGGAGGAGCUGGAAGUGAAGUUCAAGCAGAGCCAAGAGAGCGAGCUGAAGGAGGAACAACAACUGAGCGGCUUCGUGCUCAAGCAAGUGGGGGACGUCAGAGACAGCCUGAGGGACACGAAGGACAUCUCGCUGGGGCUGAGGGACAAACAGGAACUUCUGUCUCUCAUCGUUCGCAGCCACGGGAGUAGAUUGAGUCGCCUUAAAACACAAUAUCUUAAUCCAGGAUCAUAGUCCCUUCAUAUCAUUGGGAAGCAUCCGUCUGUAAAGUUUCUGGAGAUGUGUCAUUCAAUGGGACCAGCACGCGUAUCAGCGCAUUUCUCUGAGCCAAGAGGCAGGCUAAGGAAAUCAGUGGUGUAUAUUGAUUUCCGCAAGUUGUAAAGGCCCACGGGGGCGUAAGAAUCAGUACAUUGUUAAGUUUUUAUAUGGACAAAGCUCUCAGUCCCAUUUAAAAUAACAUACUGGCCUUUAAUAUCUCCGGAUCUCUUUACGACACUCGAGCACAAUCUGAGCUUUCUUGGCAUGCUUCUCUGAUGAAUGGACAUGUCAUCAACAGUGCAUGGUUUUCUUGAAUGUACUUUAUUUUUAGCAUCCCAAAAGACAAGUGAGAUCUAUGGGGUUAUAAAAAUGGUCAAUACAGGUCAUAAAAAAAAAAAAAAAUCUACUAGACUUUAACUGACAUUUGCACCACCUCUAUAUAAUAUUUUUUUUGAAGUAAAUUAAUAUGUCUGAAGCUAAUUUUAAUAUAAAUACUCCUCCAUUGUCUUUUGCAUGAAUCCGCAAAGCUAUAAAACUUUAUUUUGUGUUAUUUGUUUUUCCGAAAGCAGUGGCAGACUUGAGUGUCCCUUCAAGUGGUCCAUCUUAAUUGCCGUCUGGGUCCCGUCAUUGCCUCCCAGCUCCAUCUGGAAGCAUUUCACUUUAAUGAUAAAAUACUUUUAUCGGAAGGAAAACGCUCUUUGGAGUCACUUUGUAACAAUGUGGGGUUUGUGUAAAAUUAUGAUGAUUAUUAUGUGCAUUUUGUGAAGAACUGACUUUAAAUAUAAUGGGAAAUAAUUCCCAAAGCUCAAAUGUCUUCCUCUAUGGUGUUACGCAAUAUCAGGUGUUAGGAAAGUAAUGUGUGACCUUUGUAGACGAAACACGAUGCCAUUAAAUGUAUACUGCAGAGGUAUCUCCUGUAUUCUAUAUUGAAACAUAUAUUUGUUAAUAAAAACGUAAGCUCACAGUGACUUU